AUGGCGACAGCUAACAUCCCCUCGAUUGCCGUGGUGGCUUCAUCCCGUGCUGUUAUCUCCGGCCGUUUGACCUCUGCUACAAUUGUCAUUUCCCGAACUACCGGAAAGAUUACCGCCGUAUUUGAUUCCGUGAUUCCUUCUUCUGAGUUCCCUCAGGGUACACCUUAUACCGACUACUCACCUUAUGUGCUUUUGCCUGGUCUCGUCGAUGCUCAUGUUCAUCUGAAUGAACCCGGCCGCACAGAAUGGGAGGGCUUCUACACUGGCACUCAAGCUGCUGCCUUUGGCGGUGUUACCACCGUUAUUGAUAUGCCUUUGAAUGCUAUCCCUCCCACUACUACUGUAGCGGGUCUGAAGGAGAAGCUCGAUGCUGCCCAGGGCAAGUGCUGGGUUGAUGUUGGCUUUUACGGUGGUAUUAUCCCCGGUAACGCUGGCGAACUAAAGGGUCUCGUGAAUGAGGGUGUUCGUGGUUUCAAAGGAUUCCUGAUUGACAGUGGUGUUGAUGAGUUCCCUGCUGUGGGCAAAUUGGAUAUCGAAAAAGCUAUGGCUGAAUUAGCUGAUGAGCCUACAACGCUCAUGUUCCAUGCUGAAAUGGUCCCACCCAUCACCAAGUCCGUGGGCGAUGAGGUCCAAUCCUCUGAUCCACCAGCUGCCCCAGCUGGUCCUCUUGAGGCUUACUCGACCUUCUUGGCCUCCCGACCCUCAGAGUUUGAAACAUGCGCCGUUGAGAGUAUCUUGUCAAUGGCCCACAUCGCUCCUAACCUCCAAUUGCACAUUGUCCAUCUCUCCGCCAUGGAAGCCAUUCCUCUCCUGCGCGAAGCCCGUGCCCGAGGCGUGAAGGUCACUGCCGAGACCUGCUUCCACUAUCUGUCCUUGGCUGCUGAGCAGGUCCGUGACGGUGAUACACGCCACAAGUGUUGCCCACCUAUUCGCUCCCAACUGAACCAGGACGGUCUAUGGGCCGAGCUUGAGAAACACACCGGUGACGGUGUCAUCAAGACCGUCGUCUCCGACCACUCCCCCUGCACUCCCGAUCUGAAGCAGCUCCCCUCCCACAUCGCCGGCGCUAUCAAGGGUGGCAAGGAAGAGAAGGGUGACUUCUUCUCCGCCUGGGGUGGUAUCUCCUCCGUUGGCCUGGGACUACCCAUUCUCUGGACUGAAUUGAGCCGCCGUAAGGGUCUGACCCCCUCCCCUGAUGAUGUGAACACCAGGAACUCCCUGCAAGACGUUGUCCGCCUCUGCUGUGCCAACACUGCUGCUCAAGUCGGUCUCGAGUCUCACAAAGGUGACCUCCGUCCCGGUUUUGAUGCCGAUAUCUGUGUCUUCGAUGACGCCGCCGAGUGGACCGUUGAGCCUAGCACUAUGCUCUUCCGUAACAAGUGCUCUCCUUACCAGGGCCGCACUCUCCGCGGUAUGGUCCGUGAGACCUGGCUGCGUGGUGAGCGUAUUUUCAGCCGUCAAGAUAACUUCGGCGACAAGGCACCUGCUGGCAAGCUUCUUCUCGAGAAACGGGUUUGA